UCAUUUUCCUUCGUGUUAACGGAUGUGAGGCGGUUGGACCGAGACCCAGCGCCAGUCCCGCGGAGCUUGGACAGCCUCUCACGGGAGCUCUGUAGUCCUAUUGUGCGUCAUCUCCAUCGCUGCUGUUUUGUUGUUUUUCUCUGCUGAGGAAGCAUGGCAACUCCCGCCGCGGUUAACCCGUCUGAGAUGAGUAAUGAGUUGCCUGGGACUGUAGCAAUGCCAGGAGCAGUUGGUGUCGGCCAGGUGAGGAUGGGGGGAGCUGUGCCAGGUCGUGGGGGAAAGAGAAGAUCGGGAGGAAUGGACUUUGAUGACGAAGAUGGUGAGGGACCUAGCAAAUUUUCAAGGUAUGACAAUGAUCAGGUUCCUGGUGGGGAUAAGGAGAGAUACGCCAGAGAGAACCACAGUGAAAUUGAGCGCCGCCGACGCAACAAAAUGACACAGUACAUCACUGAGCUGUCAGACAUGGUCCCUACCUGUAGCGCCCUGGCCCGAAAGCCUGAUAAGCUGACCAUCCUGCGAAUGGCUGUGUCCCAUAUGAAAUCUAUGAGGGGCACUGGCAACACUUCCACUGAUGGGGCCUAUAAGCCCUCUUUUCUCACUGAACAGGAGCUGAAGCACCUGAUCCUGGAGGCAGCGGAUGGUUUCCUGUUUGUGGUUGCUGCAGAGACGGGCCGGGUGAUCUAUGUGUCGGACUCCGUGACGCCAGUGCUGAACCACCCCCAGUCAGAGUGGUUUGGCAGCACUCUGUACGAACAGGUCCACCCUGACGAUGUGGACAAGCUGAGAGAACAGCUCAGCACCUCAGAAAACUCCAUGACAGGACGGAUUCUGGACCUGAAGACGGGAACAGUAAAGAAGGAGGGACAGCAGUCCUCCAUGAGGAUGUGCAUGGGCUCCAGGCGCUCCUUCAUCUGUCGCAUGAGGUGUGGCAGUGCUCCCCUGGAUCACAUCUCUCUAAACCGUCUAUCGAACAUGAGGAAGAGAUACAGGAAUGGUCUUGGACCCUCUAAAGAAGGAGAAGCUCAAUACUCUGUGGUUCAUUGCACUGGUUACAUCAAAGCCUGGCCCCCUGCAGGUUUGUGCACAUCCUUAUUCGAUGCUCUUGUCACUGUCCCUGACAAUGUCAUGUCACUGCAUGAGUUUCUGGUCUGGUCUGACCUAAAGCAGCUGUAGGCUCUGCACAGCUCUAUAUCAGCAGCUGGAUUCAACCUCAGAUUGACAAAAGCCUAUGUGGUUCUGGUAUCCUAUCUAGGGUGUGUGAGUGGAGCGGCCUGCUUCAGAGCAGCUGUUUUGAAAUGAUGUUCUCCUUUGAUUGAUGUUGAUGUGCCUGUGUUCAGAUACAGUAUGCUGAUUCAGCAUCCAUACCUUGUUUUCCUGGUCUUUAUUGUAUGAUGCUGACUCAGCAUCCAUACCUU